AUUCUGUUUUGAUUGUUGUUGAGCGGAGAGGUCCUGUCGUAGCCUGAAGUCUAAAAUUAGGGAGGCGCCCCAACUGCGAAUGACGCAAGAAGGCUAAAGUGGAUGUUGUCGUCGUACCUGUGAGUGAAUGAUAACACGACUCGGGGGGUCAUGGAGACCCUCGGCAGAACUUAGCUUUUGUUGACGACACUGACGGUAUUUUUAGCCGCUGCUGUCAUGUUUUCGUAACGGCCCGGCCGUGGCGUUCACUAUAAAGGACUGUUUCAAAAUGCAGCUGUACAACAGUGUGCUGACACACUACCCGAGGUCGUCUCGCCGAGUUACGAUUACUGUGUCGCCCGCCCCCGAGCACUUAAACGGGACGACGCGAAGCUCCCCCGAGGUCGACGGAACGGGAAUUGCCCAACUUCAGACAACUUCCAGCAGCGAGGCUGCGCCAAACAUGCCCGCCUUUUCCUGCUACGAAGCCUCGCCCGUGAGGCCGACUUGCUUCACUUCAACCGCGGAGAUAUUAAUCCGCAAACCCGACGGAAUGGAGAGAUCCGUGCCUAUUCACGUCGUGAGGGAGCCCCCCAACAAGCCCCCUUCUCUUCACUCUCAUGCGCUCUGCGGUGACUCUGGUGGGAUUGAACUGGUGGAUCACGUCAGAAAUGGCACGGACGCGAUGUUUCCCGACUGUCCCCUGGUUGGAAACCGUGUUUUGAAGAGCAACACCAUCAGUGAAUCCACAACAGAAGAAAGAAAACGGAAGAUGGGGGAUUUAUUGGAGGAUGAAGCAGAUUCACUCUGCAGUGCCCCGUUCAUCAGCAACGGAUGGGCGUCACUACCUGAACUGGCUCCGCCCAGAUCAGCCCAUCCCAUAGACUUCAGAAAGGAACAUUUCAGCGAUAAGAAAGCUGUCCAAACGAGUCCAGCCUCAGGUGACAGACAGGCCUUUGAGCUCAGUGUCCUGCAGGAGGAAGCUCCGCAGAGAGGCCGGGACAAAGCGGACAUCAACGAUAAAGUCACCAGGUACCUGGCGGAAGUGGAGAGGCAGAACAAGUACCUCCAGGAGAGGCACAGGUACAGGUACCACAUCAUUCCAGACGGCAACUGUCUGUACAGAGCCGUGUGCAAAGCCAUGUACGGGGACCAGGCCAGACACGGGGAGCUGCGGGAGCAGACCGUGUACCACAUCGCCGACCACCUGGACGAGUUCGUCCCAAUCAUCGAAGGGGACGUGGGGGAGUUCCUAAUCAACGCAGCUCAGGAUGGCGCCUGGGCGGGGUACCCGGAGCUCCUCGCCAUGAGCCAGAUGCUGAAUGUCAACAUUCACCUCACAACAGGGGGGCGCCCGGAGAGUCCCACCGUCUCCACCAUGGUGCACUAUCUUGGAGAGGAGGAUACUUCCAGACCGGCUAUCUGGCUGAGUUGGCUCAGCAACGGGCACUAUGACGUUAUUUUGGACAAGCGUCUCCCCAACCCAGAGUAUGAGGACUGGUGUCGACAGUCCCAGAUGCAGCGGAAGCGAGACGAGGAACUGGCCAAGUCCAUGGCAGCCUCCUUGUCUAAGAUGUACAUAGAACAAAACGGAUCUCUGUGAAAGAGAAUCCAUUUGACAGUGAAUGUUUUUUUUCUUUUGUUACUGAAUGAGUCAGAAAAAUGGUUCCUGUUUAGUUUCUACCUGCUUUAAAUUAUUUUUAUAUGACUUCUAUAGUGAGUAAAAGAAAGUGCAGUGCACAUGUUGGGGUUUUCAGAAACCAGAAUUUCCAGAAUAUUGUUUGAAAGGAUGUGUGCCUAUUUGAGAUACUUUUGGUUAUGUUGACAUGAGUGAGGUGUAGAUUAUCUGAAUGGGUUUGGUGUUUACAAUAUUUAUUUGCCCCUUUUUUGGCAAACCCUUUUUUUUCUGGUAUGCUUUAUUGGCAGUCGCCAAAUAUUUUUGAAUACAGAGAAACCUAGUUUGCUUUUUCACCUUGCUUUAUUGUGUGUUGUCUGUUUACUCAUUUUUGCACAAAGUCUAAUUGGACUUAAGACAGUUUUGAUUUGUAUCCUGUUCAUUUUUAAUGAUUCCAGUCUUUUUUUGUUUGUUUGACAAAGUAUUUUGAAAUAAAGGUUUUGGAAGAAAAAUCACA